AUGAUCACCCCAACCUCUCGUGGAGCCGACGAGACUCCUGACAAUCUUGUGCACCGUUAGCGGCAAUUUAUGCGCUCGCUUUCCCCGGUUCCACCUCGAGCUCCAAUGACUGAGUCUUAUGUCGAAAAAAACUUGGACAAGUGUACUCAUGUGUUCGUCCGGUGUGACCGUGUGCGCCAGCCGCUGGAAUCACCAUACGAAGGACCGUUCCGCGUGCUCGCGCGCAACACCAAGACCUUUCGGAUCCUUCGCAGUGACAAGGAGGAGGUGGUCAGUGUCGAUCGGGCCAAGGCUGCUGUUGCAGAGGAGCCGCCGGACCGGUCACAAGGACAAAAAUGUGCUGCUCACCUAACCCCUGUUCCUCCCUCUUCCCUAUCCCCUGCUCAUUCACCCUGCCCACUGCCUUGCCCUUCCCCUCCCUAGCCCUCCACUCCUCCGUCCCACAUACUUCCUGUCCCUACAUGUCAAAAGCAUCCAACUGCAACACCAUCGUCCACCACAGCAUGCAGUCAACCCUCUUCGACUGUACCUCCUGCAUACAUAACUCGCAGUGGCCGUCACGUUCAUUUUCCCGAUCGUUUAGUUACGCAAUUUUUCUAGACUUGUGCAUAUCCUCCGACGCCGUAUCCCGUCGCCCUCCGGUCUAGGAGGGGGGGGGGGUACUGUGGUGAGUUACCUGACUAAUUUAUCUUUGACAAUUUAGUCCCUUUUUCUUUGACCGCAUUGCUUGUUUGAAUGUGACGAGAAACGACACAACUGUACAAGCCGCCUUGCUAGCGUGCUCUGCUGUGGUAUUCUGUUGUCAGUUUUCUUAACGUUCAAAAAUCUCCAUAUUAUUCACUGCUCCGAUUUACUUGCUGCAUUUAAGACUAGGGGCUCGUGAGAUAUAACUAGUUAGUUCGUGAGAACAUUACAAUUUACGACAAGGUAAUUAACAUAUAACUGAAGCGCUUCUGACAGGAGAAUUCGAAUAGAUGCUCCACAGAGAAACUCAAGAUCUUCAGUCAAGACACAAAAAAUAUAAUCCCAAGUGUAGUCCUAAAAUCAGUGAAUGUGUUUUCAGGUAGGCUCAGUUUAUUGAGGGAAAUAAGGAUAUGAAUUUGAGUGCCCUAUCUGUGACGCAAAAUGGGGUGCGGGUUACACUGAAGUCACGUAAGCCGAAAUAAUUUAAAAAGGACUUCUCCGAAGGUUUUGAUAUAAUCCCUCGUCACUCUCGUUUAUGUCGGAGAGUAAAUCUGCCAAGGUUCGUUUUAAGGCUUUCCAUCAAUUAUGACACAAUGACAUCCAAGGGGAGGACCUCCUUUCAUUGAAAGACUCUGACAUAGAGGGCGUACUUGAGCACAUCCAGCCUUCUCUGUUCAACAUCCAGUCUUAAUAGGUGGGAUCGGUGGUUAGUCGUGGUAGUCAGUUCAAAAAGUCUUCAAAGGCUAGGCUGAAAUCCAAUUCCUUUACAAUGCAAAAGGCUGCUAAAUGGUCCCCACGCAUUUGUCUGUAGCUCAACGGAAAGAGGUUCCAGUCUGAUUGAGGAAAGCAGCAUGAGUCACAUUUUUUCUCCUAAGACUCCAAAUGGGACCCCGAAAGGAGGAGUAAGAUAGCAUUUUGACGUUUUUCAUACUCUAAUAGAUGUCACCACGGAGUUUGGAGAGAAGAUGGGAAUUCGGAAAUUGUCAGGGGUUAUUUUGAAUGGCUACGAUAGAAAACGUGAGUCUCAGACCGUUGACGAUUUCCCAAAAACAGAAACUCAUAUCGGCGUCGUGUUUUCUGGAUUGUCCGGACUAUGAAAUAAGCCCUUUAGCUCAUUUUCUGGACUAAACUGCUUGUCUAUCAAUCAAAUGAACAAGGAGGAAAUAUAAACAAGGCUUAGGAAACGUAAGAUCAACAAAGAAAGAUGCCUGACUUCCUGGAAAUCCAGACAAUUGUUCACAGAAAUACAAACGACAUCGGGACAACCGUAAAUGUUAUAUCGACAAAAAUCGAGGCAACCAGAAAGUAAAUGCAGAAGAGAUGUCCUUGUCAAACUCGAAGUUUUCAUUCGACCGCAUAGGGCAUAUCCGACGAUAUCGUUGAAGUUUCUAGACGGUGCUGUGAAAUACACGACCAUACGAAGUCACUGGCUUAUCCCAGUUUAUUUAGUCUGAUUUUCACCCAUAAAACUAGCGCUUGUAUACUCAUUAAACUAAAACUACAACAGCAGCAGAAAUCGGUUUCCGUCGCACCAAAACGAAGGGCCUGAUUCUCGCUUACAUUGAUAAAAACAGAAGUAAUUUGACUAAAGUAUGCCAUAGCCCCUUGUCCAGAUUAUAUACAUCAAUCUGAUCCACAAGUACAAGCCAAAGUACUGAAGGAACCAGCAUUAACGACAUUAAGAGGGUCCGCGGAGGGAAGCGAAUCGGAAGCCAAAUGGAAAAUGUCCUCGUUUAACAUAUCUUAAAAGAUGGUCUGAACUAGAACCAGAUGGGUUUAGCUUGGACUUUAUCCGGGGUCACACUAACGUUUUUUACAAAACACCUACUGGAAUAUCUAGAGAAGGGAAACCUACUUGUGUUGCUAAGUACAGUUUAAACAGCGAUUACAUCAUUAAUUUGCGAGAACAUACAGAAAAAGCUACACAAAAGGGAACGCCCUGAAAGUAGGAUUUUUUGAAUUCAAAAUGUUACUGAUAACAUGUGGUAAAAAAUUUGGGGAUGUGGAAUCCUCGACAUCAUUUUAAAGUUUAUUCUAUCCGGGUAAAGCUGGUAUUGGCAGCGCUGCAGAAGUUAAAUUUGUUUCAGUUAAAAGCCGUGCCUCACAAAUGUCGACGUAAACGUUAUCGGAAAUAAUUAGAAUUAACGGUCUUCUUUGUGUGGAUGAUGGAGAAAUAGCCGUACGCCUGCUCGGGAUAACACUAAGUGAAAUGUCACUGUGUGCACACAAGAAAGUCCUCUAAUAAACUGUAUUUGAAACGCGGAAGAAGCCAGUGAGUUACAUAUAUAAGGCUGAGUAAGGUGAGAUGGUUCUGCUGCUAUCCUGGAAAAUAGAACCCCGAAAUCCGCCGCGUUCAGAAAAGUGACUCAAGGUUCGUAAAUAGCACCCGCGAAAUUACAUCAAAAACCUCGUCGGAACUGAAUUACACGCUUAUCCUGCAAAUUUUCCGGCCCCACUUUAAGCGUUUUUCAUUGACCUGGUCUGGUAUUCCCACUGUAACAUCCAUUGAACUGAACAGAGUUCCUUGAACGAUGUGACACUGUUGGGGCGCAGAUCCAGGAUGAAGAUGGUAUGACCGCGUGUCCGCGGAAAUAACCGGUGUUCCCUCCUCGCAUCUCCACCGACCCCUUUGCCACUGUUACCGCAACUACCGUGCCAUAUAUAUCUCUCUCUCCGUACGUCGGCACUUCUCACGGUCCCAUCCCGCAGUUGCCGAUAGCGCUGCAUUUACCGCCGGUUGUCUAGCUACUAUGUUGGUAUCGCCUCUUCAUCCACACUGUUCAGUAAUUCUGAUGUAUUUCUCAUCCCCCUUGUAGUAUUUAACAUUUUCCCAUGCAUCUUUCCCGAUAUUCUCAGCAUACGUAUUUCGCACCACUUGACACUUUCUACUAUCAGCUUGGAAGACAUCGGUGACCCGUUUCACUACUUUCUUCAGAUCAGAUUAGCCAGGAAUUAUAUCUUGUUCUAUACGUUGCCCCGCGUGUACUACCCUAACGUUUUCGCCAGCUACACCACCCCAAGAACAAAAUCCCUGGUUCAGUACCACACAAUACUGAUAAACGCACUGCUGCGUCCCCUGCAAGUUAGGAAAGGAUGACAAAUUUUCAAUCUUUCGACUUCUUCCUAUAGACGGAUCACGCUGAUCUCGUCAAAACAUACAAGACAAUUCACAGAGUUGACCACAGAUACAUUGCAGAUGCAAUUUUGGACAGAAACGGCGAAGACGGCUAGAUGUCUAGUGGUUAUUUGCAUGUAAAUCUGCUUAGAUUGAUACGAACGUAUGCAGAAUUAAUGCUAUCUCGCUCUGCCGUAACCUUCCUAAACUGAUAGUAAGAUAUAGUUAACAGUCGGAGACGGAAGUAACCAGAACGGCUAAUAAUGAUAGUUCAGACGUCUACGUGUGUCCCAAUCAAGCUAACCCGACGGAAAAUGCAGUGAAAGUCACGUUGGGAAGGUCAAAUUGAGAUGUGGUCAUUAGAAUCCAAUAGGGCCUCGCCAAUUUGCCGUCUGGAAAGAGUGACCAUACUACGCUAAUAUGGGACUACUCGCUCUUGUCUUAACGAACGAAGAGAACAGAAGACCAAACUCAUAUAUGGAAGGCGAUGUUAACGAGAUGAAGAAAGAAUCGAUGUCUGUGAAUUGGGAACGUUUGCUAAAGAGAGAUCCGGAGGACGACUGGAGAUCGUGGAAGUCGACUUCACUUGGUCUAGUUCGGCGCGGUUGUCCAUCUAAGCUAAAAAAACAACUAGAUGACCUGCCUGGUUAAUUAAGGACCUGAGUCGGCAGUUACGGAAGCAAAGAAAAAGAUGGAAAAUAUUCAGGGAAAAUGGGUCACCACUGCAUCGCGAAGACUUUCGUCGUCAACGAAAUGCAAUCAAAAAUGCAUCCGUCAGGCACGGAAGGAGCAUGAAUCCAGAAUUAUCCGACAAGCUGAACAGAAGCCCAAGACUUUACUUCACAAUCUUAACAGUAGACUGAAAACCAGGACCCGGUAACUGUACUGAAGGAUGAUAAUGAUGGAGAAAGCAUUGAGGGCAGCGGGAAAGGCGAACACUUGGGAUGGUAUUUUGCAAUGCUGUUGAGACCGCCGGUCCUCAGCUUCACUCCAUACUCUUCCCGACAUCUGUCGUGGAAAGGGAGUUGCACAAUCUCAAAGAAGCAAAGUCCUCGAGUCCAGACAAUAUACUGGCUAAAUUUUUGAAGGGAUUGGCAAACGAACUCUUCAAACCGCUGGCACACAUCUUUCACUCCUCAGACGAUUUAGGGAGGCUGCCAUUGGAGUGGAAGACAGCAAAUAUCUUUCCGAUAUACAAUGGUGGGUUUCGCCCAAAUGCUAACAAUUAUCGGCCUGUUAGUCUCACCUGCAUCUGCUAAAAAUAGUGGAAACCAUAGUUAACAAAGCAACAAUGAAGUUCCUGGAACAGAGCUACUUAUUCUCAGAUCUGCAGUACAUCUUGAGAUAGAACCGUCCGGGCAUUUCCAGUCUAUUGCUCUCGGCUGCGCAGUAGACUCGCGCACUGGACGAGGAUGGUAGGGUCGAGGUCAUCUACACAGACUUCAAGAAGGCGUUCAACAGCGUCCCUCACAAACGCUUAUCUACAAACUCUCUGAAAUUUGGAUAAGAGGAAGGCUGCUGGUAUGGAUAACAGAUUUUCUUACAGGGAGAUCCCAAACCUUGUACGUGGAGGUCUCGAGGUCAACUCCUACGCCCGUUCUAUGUGGUGUCCCCAGGGCUCAGUCUCAGGGCCGUUGCUAUUCCUAGUUUACAUAGACGACUGCGUCGACGACCUGGGAUGCAACACUGUUAUGUUCGCUGAUGAUGUUAAGCUGCGGAGAGCCAUCAGAUCUGACGUAGACAGGUACGCGCUUCAAAACAGUCUCAACCGACUGAGUAGUUAGUCAGCUCGUUGGCUCCUUAAUUUUAAUGUGGACAAAUGUGUGGCCCUGAGACUCCGCACCAGAAAGACCAUUAAGGAAGACAGUUCAUUUCAAUAGUCCUUGGUAGGAAGACUUUGGCGUCCUAAUGACUUCCUCCCCGAAAAAAUCAUCACAGUAUCAAAGGGUAACCAAAAGCGCGAUAAGAAUGUUAUUUACGCUGAGGCGAGGAUUUGUGCAGAUCGAUAAUGAGCUGUUUAGAAAAACCUAUGGAGCAUUCGUGCGGUUUCACGUAGGCUAUGCAAUUCAGGCCUGGCGACCGUGGUUGAAGAAAGAUUAUCAACAACUGGAAAGAGUACAGGCGAUGGCCACGAAGAUGGUCAAGAUUUUUGAUCACCUGCCUUAGGAAACCAGGCUGACUGAACUAAUUCUGUUUCCUCUCAAUUACAGGCAACUGGGCGGCGAUCUCAUUCAAACCUACAGGAUUGUCAGAAGCCGUGAGUGUGCUCUAGUCUUUGAUGAAUUCUUCUAAUUGGCCGGGACUAAGCGUCUGCGUGGUCAUCCUUUUGAAUUGCAGAGGAAACUGGCCUAUACGAACGUCCGACGAGACGUCUUCUCUCACAGGGUUAUUGGGACGUGUAACGGACUCGCUGAUGCGGUCGUCCUUUCCGAAACCGUUGAAUACUUUAAGUGUAGAAUAGAUGCUCAUUUGUUGAGAAACUACUGUACAUAUCAUCAUGACUGUCUUAGCGGCGGCAGUUUGCGCAGGGUUUACUUUCACCGUAAACUUUUCAAUUUCGCAUUUGCUGAUGCCACAAUUGAUUCCAUUCCUGUUUGUAUAUAUGAAUAGGGCGAAAGUCUGAUUCCCUUAAUAAACUGGCUAAAACUGACUGAUAUAAAACCAUGACUAAUAGCUUUUCUUAGUUAAAUUAGACACUGACUCCUGAAUGAAUCAACCUUAAUGUCCCAUCUGUCAAUACCUCGACAGUGGCCUCUUUAUGUAGAUUCAGAUUUAAUGAACUUAGAUGCAGUGACCAACAGGACGCAAAUCUACGCAAUCACAUGUCUCGCACAUCUUCGCAGACUUCGCUGAAGGCAGAAGUCCCGAAGAACAACCUCGCGAAAGAACCACUUCGUUAAAUUGCAAUCGUCAAAAAAGUUGGCCGUCGGUUCAGAGAUCCACAAGACACCACAUUUGGCGCCACCUGGUAGUUCCAAGCUUGUCAGAUUCUGUAAAGUGAAAGAAACACUUUACAAUGAAUAAGACGGAUUUGUGAGUGUUAACUAUUUGUUCUAUUUCGCUGUCAAAAACCACAGUUCUGCCCGGGUCUGCGGGCUCAAUGAAGAAGGGUUGGACGUGGUGGAUACCCAACGCAACACGCGUAGCACAGGAACGCCAGACAGUGGUUAGGGGAUCAUGCUUACUCAGUGUACAGCGAUGGAUGAGUACUAGGAAUAUUUGUCACCCUGCUCUGUAGCAAGUAAGGCAGCACCACAUGUGGAGUAAAGAAGACGACAAAGCGACUAAAUGUCUUUCUAUCAGCUCAGUCCCAUCCGUCAUCACCAGCAAUAUUCUUCAGAUUUUGCAAACGUCGAUUAAAGAGGAAAGCGGGACCUGCCAAGAUUGCCCGGUAUCAUAAAAGUCCGUGGAGCAGGCUCGAGGGCUGUUCAUAUGGCUUAACUGCGUUCAGCUAACAACCAACUGAGCAUAUUAGGCAGAAGGACAACGUCUUUGUUCAUCCACUGAGAUUGAGUAAUCUAGAUGUGAAUGUGUUGUCAUUCAUGUUUUUUUCAUCCUAAUGCAAAUAAAAAGAGGAAACUGCAGUCGCCUUAUCCGUUGCUGUUACCUUCGACGCGCAGACUCCCAAGCUCUUGCAAACCAUCAGCUUUUUCAUGACAUUUUUAGUUGCUGCUGUGUGUUGUGUGCAAUUCCGUUGUGUUAUUGCCUUUUCACAAAAUCAAUGUGCCUCAGUAUCUUGUCUAUAGGAUAUUGAUCGAAACUAAACGUUUGCGGCUUUUCUACAAAAUAUAUGUCGAAAUGCUCGAAAAGUUGAAUAAAGACCAUCAUAUCUCGUCUUAAGCUGUUUUGAUAAAACCUAAACCUCCGAUAACCUCGGCCUUUUGCUACACUGUUACUAUAACGCCAAAAAAGGACCUCGUUUAAAAAUGUCAGCACUCAAGGUAUUAAGCUUGAUUACGUGAUUGGUCUCAGGACUCAAAGCGAGACGAAUUCAGGACAUAUUUAGAAAAAUCCGGCCUUAUUGACAAUUUAACUAAAGGUACUCAUUUAUGUUAAAAGCCGAUUUUCGAAGUUCUUGUUAGUCUCUACGAGGAGCCGGAAAAACCCAGCAACCCGACCGGGUAAAUAAACAUUUGUAUUUUUUUACCUUUUUAUAACUUGAAUAGGAGAGAAGAGGAAAAAUUACAAGAUAGAACCCAAAAAUGAUACUCGAAUGUUUGAACAAAUUAAUUAAUCGCGAACACGAUUAAUGUCUUAGGCUUCUGUUUUAAAAAAUCGAAUAUUCGGACGUAACUUAUGAAGAAGUUAUUUAACUCUAGUUUCUUACUCUAAAAUAUAGAUAUGCUGAGGGAGAAGUCCAUGUGCCUUGCUGUAGUCGCCUUUCCAUCCACAGCUGGCAUAUAACUUAGGCCAUAAGCCAAGUGGCCUAAGUAAGUCCUCAUCGUGACGAUCGUCACGACCCCUUUUGUCAUCUUACUAGCUUCAUCCGCAUGUAUGAUGGACACCGUAAGGCCUUCUUAGUUAUCACAGCCUACAUUUGGGACAGAAUCCGAACAUUACCACACAUGACGAACGUGUACAUAUGCGUACAUGUAUGUACACAUAUACCGCCUUCAAAUUAGAACAGGGUAUUCUUCGAGCAUCGUCUUAGUUACGGGAUAGGGACUGAUAGUUUGCCUUCUACUGCUUGUGUGGACCUUGAAAAUGGUACACGAGAAUAGAUCGGGAUGUUACUAAUCUGUAACCGGAAUAUUCAAAGUAACAUAGAACGUUCUCUUGUUUCGCCGUCGUCUUAGGAAUAUCCUUAAGGAUGAAAGUGAGACGAACUGAAUCAUGAUUCCCUCCAAGAUGUCUUUCGUCCUUCAUUUUUACCAAGGCUGGUUAUUAAUACUGCCAGGUUUUGAAGUAUAAAUAAUGUGAUAAAGUUUCUUGCGCAGAUUAUCCUGUAGAUCUGGAGGUAUUCGAAGCACCUGAGCAAGAGAAAAAUUACCCGUUACCUGUUUCUAGGGGAUAGAACGGUCUAAAGAAGUCCUACCCAUACUGACAGGGAUCUCAGCAAUCUACGCCAUCACAUGAAAACUGACAACAGUGAGUAGUUCGAUAGUACCAAUGCUUCUCAAAAAUGAUCUAGGCAAGGGAACUACCCACCCUAUAUGCACAACACGGACUUAGAAUAUCACCGAUGAGAAGGUUGACUAAUAUAUUAACGAUCAUUGGGAAUGUACCAUGCCCACCCCCACCUCCACUUGACGUAUACCGAGAACUGAACGAUGUGCUGACGGAGUUCGUGGUUAAUAAUAGUCUUUAUCGUAAAACACGAACACAGCAGUUAUGAAGCGACAUAUUUCAUGUCUUCGUACUAUCUUAGCUUCGAUCUUCAGUAUUUCUGCAUGCCAGCCUAAGUAGAAGUAAAUAGCAACCGGAAUCGGUUGAUGUCACUUUAAAAGUCAAAUUUUGUCUACCUUAUCUGUUCAGACUAGCAAAGUUAAGAGAUCCGGGUUGCUUAUUUGAAGAAGAGCCCUUCAUCAUCAUCAUCAUCAUCAUCAUCAUCAUCAUCAUCAUCAGCUCCUUCUUCUUCUUCUUCUUCUUCUUCUUCUUCUUCUUCUUCUACCGUAUCUGUUUAAUAAAAUCAAGGUCACCGAAUAACUUUCGCCAUGCCACUUCUCGCAAGAAAAACUGUAGCACCCGCAAAUCACUACAGGCAUAGUAGUUCAAAUUUAAAUUAUUGUAAACUUUUACCUCUGAUCUCCUGGCAGUCACGAUUACUUGGUGAGUUUAAAUCACUUUUGUAAAAUAGCACGGACAACAAAAUUCGAGUUAAGAAUAAGUUGAAUGACAUUAUCCUUAAGUGUACGAAGGAAAUUGCGGUUUCCAUUCUAGCGCAGAGUUUAUCUGGCAAGCGGAAAUCUUGCAAGAUACUUAAAAUUUGAAAAAAGUUACAGGAAAGGUCCGGAUGAUCUGUGAGCUUUUUAAUUUUAAAACGUGUUGAGUUAGCUCGUCGUCGGGCUGGGAAAUUGAAUGCUGUGGCGAUUCGAAUGACUGUCAAAGUGAAACAGAAUAACGGAAAAGAUUACAGCACACAUGUGGUUGGAGUGAAUGUAGUGCAGGAAGCCGAACCAAGGUGCUUUGUUAGGCUUUUGAUCUUACGCAGGCUAUUUUGUAGUCUGCCGCAGUUUUAAGAUCGGAAUGCAUAAAAAUGACUCCUCAUGGUCGAGAUACCCUAUGCUUAUGGCAUAGUUGGACUAGGCGUGGCCUUGAUCUCGGCUCACUAUAAUAAGCAAUCGAAUAUAUUUCCUACAUAUUCAACAAAAUUAUCACUUUAUUUUUGAAUGCCUAGCUUCCUUCAAACACGAAAAUGUGACACAGUGCGGGCAUAAACAUAUGCACUAUAGAUGCAGCGGUGUUAAUACAGUUAGAUUACGAUUUAUAAAACAGUGUUACACGUCAAAUGUAGAAUAUUUAUGAGACAACGCACCUCUCCGUUUUUAUGCCAGUAGCAGAUAUUUUUUCUUUGUUGGGAAACUUUUUUAUCCACACGCUCUUGUCAUUGCGUUGUUUUUAUAAGCACCCAAACGUAAAAUCCGUUUUUAACGUUUUAAUAUUGGCAGAAAAUUUGUUUUCCCCUAACCGCAACUUGUAUCAGAGUAGCACUUUUUCAUUGUAAGGAGAGUUCCUCUAGAACCCAGGUCGUGAAGAAUGAAACUUGAGAAUGGGUAUUCGUUUUUGGCCAAGCCGGUUCUAAAACUUAGAUGAGAAGAUGCUACACUUCUACAGUUGCUUAUUAACAUGGCCUAGUUUUCUUGCAUUUGGAAUUCGCAACCUCAGAUGGAAUACAUAGGUUUUAAGCAACUCAAAUAAGCUGCCGUAACUCAGUAAAUAUUGGAUUAGUAAAAUGCUAAUGUUCCGCUGCUACUGUGAAUUAUAAUAGGCGGUUUUUGCUUUUGUUCCAGGCUUUUUAUAUUGCAAUGUAGAAUAUCUUAUCUUGGGCGGAAUGUCCUCGUUUUGUUGUUUAAGCAACGCAUCAGACUAUCCUGUAUGCCCCACAUAUACAAUUUAGCCCACUUUUCGUUUUCGUUAUUCUCGGCCAGUGCAUUCUGAAUUUGCCAGGGAACCGGCAAACACUUAUACUGACGUGGGUUAGUUGCUAGAAGCAAAAAUUAAGAAAUCGCCUCCAAAUCUACUACUGUUUUUACCUUCACCGCUCGUUUGUUGCGGGAAAUGUUGCAUAUUUGAGAAGUUGCGGCUGUCCCUUUCACGAUUUUUACGCAGUUUUUUUACGCGUUAGUUUAAAAAGCUUUCUUCAUACCCAGACGGUUGGUUAUCGCGCAUUUUAGAUUUGUUACUUUCCACAAUCUUGUCGCAUAACUCAUUGAGAUUUCAGAUUAAAUGUUUUCAUGGGUUGGUUGCUAGAAACAAAAAUCAAGAAAUCGCCACCAAAUCUGCUACUAUUUUUUCGUUCUCGCCCUACUUGACCAGUUGCGGUUGUCCCUUUCAUGAUUGUUAAACUGUUUGUCGGAUUGCGUUAGUUUAAAAGGCUUUCUUUCCCCUCCAACCAUACACAGACUGCUGAUUAUCGCGAAUUUUAGACCUGUUACUCUGCACAAUUUUGUCUCGUAGUUCACUUAUAUUUCAGAAUCUUUGUUUAAUUUUAGGUUCGUUAAGGAGCACUUGGGCAGUAAUGCGCCAGCAAGUCUUGACGUUGAAAGCAUGCGAGUAGAAUUAGAGGACUUGCGUCAACGCGUUGAAGCACUGGAGGUGGAAAAUACUAUGCUUAAAGAGAAACUGUCUCAAAGACAGAUAAUUGAUCCGAAUACGCAGUCUGAAACCUGA